AUGAAGAGUCACUACCAAAUUGAAGCCGUCCUGACCUCAGCCAGCUGGAUGAUUGCCAGCCUUGGCAGGACAACUGUUGGCAGUGGGAUGGUCACCGACAGUGGGGUGACUGGUGGAGGUGGGGCGACCGGCAGUGGUGGCUGGACGACUGGCGGCGGUAGGGCGACCAGCGACGGCCGGACGACCGGCGGUGGGGUGACUGGCAGUGGUGGGGCAACUGGUGGUGGCCGGACAACUGGCGGCAGUGGGGUGACCGGCGGCAGCCGGACGACCGGCGGCGGGGUGACUGGCAGUGGUGGGGCGACCAGUGGUGGCCGGACGACUGGCGGCAGUGGGGCGACCGGCGGCGGCUGGAUGACCGGCGGCGGGGUGACUGGCAGUGGUGGGAUGACCGGGGGCGGGGUGACUGGCUGUGGUGGGGUGACCGGUGGCAGCCAGACGACCGGCGGCAGGGUGACUGGCAGUGGUGGGGCGACCGGUGGUGGCCGGACACCCGGCGGUGGGGUGACUAGCAGUGGUGGGGCGACCAGAGGAGACUCUGCUCUACUAAUAUCUAUCUACAGUGCUGCUUUUCGGGAUACUGUACAUACUGAUGGAGUAUGCAGCAUUUCAGAAUGA